AUGCAUGCCCUCACUCUCCUAAUUGCUACCCUGGGCCUCGCCUCCGCAUCCCCCAUCUCGCACUUCCUCUCUCCCCGCUCAUCCGCCCCCCGCAACGUCGUCGCCUCUGUAGACCGCUACGCCGGCGCCAGCUGCACAGGCAAAAUCUGCAACAUAGCCGGAUCGGGCGAUUUAGUGCCUGGAUGCAACGCCAUUACCGAUGAUUGUGUCGCGAGUCUUAGCUUGAAUUAUGCUAACAAGGGGUGUUCUGUCAAAGUUUUCGCAGACGACAAGUGUAAGCAGGAGGCUGGGUCGGUGGGAUUGCAGACGGCGGGGGUGUGCAGUGCGCUUGGUGCUAGUAUGCCGUUUAAGAGUAUUUCUGUUAAGUGCUAG